CCCUCAACUGCGACGAUGUGGGCGCAAUCCCGUGCAACGACUCGCCCUCCUUGUCCAGCACGUGGUCACUCUCAAUCCUCUCUUCAUCCCUUACACUUGCUUAUGCCCCCUCGCUUUCACGUGUCAAUUGCCUUCUCCGCCCUCUGCGCUCUCGCCCCUGCACGUCGCGUGACCUCCGACGCCGCAGGUGGAGAGCGGCUGGCGCAUGUGCAUUGAACGCCUCGACUCGACUCCGACAGUCAGCACCCGAAGUCACAUGCCAAAUAUUCGCUCCUCCCGUGGCCACUCCUCCUCUUCGCCUCCUCCGCCCUCCGCCCUCCCUCCUCCCAUCCCAUCUCUAUCCCGCCAGACGCCAUCAUGGGCAGAGAGCAGCCGACCAUCGUGCUGCGUCCCAAUCAGAACCGACGAGAUGAGCGGGCGAGAAGAGCGCGGGAGACCAAGAACAGAGUCAUCCCUGACCUCUUAAGAUCAUGUCCGCGCGCAAAACACGGCAUCGCGAGAGCCGAACUCAUCGUCGACCCUUCCCCAGUCGCCGAAUCCUCGUCCCAUCACACACCCGCCGACUCCUGCUCACGUCCGGAUCUCAAAAUACGAGUUCAGCCGCUCGACACCCUGACCGCCGCCUCGCGAAUAGCCGACAAGUCUCUCAUCCCCAAGCGCUCCGGUCCUGCCGUCAAAUCGCGCUCCAAUGCGCCCAACAUCGGUGUUCUGAAUAUGUGCUCUGCCCUUCGACCAGGUGGUGGUUUCCUAGAAGGUGCAAACAGUCAGGAAGAAUUCCUCUGCGCGCGCACCACCCUCUACCCCUCGCUAUGGGACUCCUUCUAUCGCCUGCCCGAUGUCAGCGGCAUCUACACUCCUGACGUCCUGGUCUUUCGAGACCACUUGCCGGAAGCCAACGAUCUCUCCAAAAACUCCCGCUUUUUCAUCGAUGUCAUCAGCUCGUCCAUGUUCCGAUUUUCAGACGCCAGAGCAGAGGGCUGUUCCUGCAGUCUAAGCUAUUGCGACAAGCACCGAGAUCUGUCCCUGCGAUCCAUGCGCGCUGUGUUGCGGAUAGCGCAAAGCAAAGGCGCGGAGAAGCUUGUCUUGGGUGCGUGGGGAUGCGGCAGCCAUGGCAACCCGGUCAAAGAAGUCGCCAAGAAUUGGCGGAAAGUCAUCGCCGGUGCUCCCCGCCAGAAGCGCCCCAAUGCGGAGCGAUGGGAGGGCAUUGACGAAAUCAUCUUCGCCAUUCCCGACCGCACCAUGCUCCGUGAGUUCGAGGCCGCUUUCCAGGACAUCCUCGCGCCAGAUGAUCCCGAGUCUUCCGAAAUCUCACCAGUCGACUCCGUUGCGCAGCUCGAUGAAGAGCAUGCGAGGACGUCAGAGCUUCUCUCCCGAAUCGCAGAGAUUGAGAUGCAAAUUGAGCAAGCCAAGAACCCGCGGUUGAAGAACAGAUUACGUGAGACCCUGGCCAACCUUCAAAGAGACCUCAAUCAAGGCCCGAACGCAAAAGCGUCCAAUGCGGAGGAUGUCACCCCCGAAGAGGAUGAUCCAGCGGACGGCUUCGUCUUCACCGGCUUCCCAGCUUCUGAUGACGAGGACAAUGGCUUCUACCACCUCGCCGACAGGGACAUGGACUCUGAUUCCUCUGGCCGCGGUCAAUCGGAGAACUACGAGUUCCGGCCAGGUCCGCCGGGUCUAGCAUCCCACGACGAAGAUGAGAGUCUCGAUGAAGCUUUGUUCCCCGCCAUCUCCCACUCUCCGAAAUUCGACGCCGAAACGGGCUGGUAUUCAGGCAGCCUGGACGGCUUGACGACCCUCUUGAAACAGAGCCAAGGAGGAAUGCGGCAUAGUCGUACCAGCCCCGGCAGUCCAGAGAUCCGACCAACAUCGGGCGAUCUGGGCAUCAACUCGGGGGCUUUGCACGAGUAUCUUUCGAGGUACCAGGGGACGGACGUGGCUGAUUAUUGAAAUCUUGAAGCGCGAAUGUUUUGUGAUUUAAAUUGAACACCAUUGGCGUGAAGAAAUUUGCAUUGGAUGGCGCGACGGGUUUUGGGUGCUUCUGGACAUUGCCGAGACACAUGUAGCUCACUCGAUAUGCUGAGAACUCUUGAAC